AGCUGCGGAUAAGAGCGGAGGACGCCCAGAGCGGAAGUGGAGGAGCGGCCGGAAGUAGCCUGAAUCCCAGUCUGACUGACCGGCUGACAGGCUUUGAUAGGAACCGGAGCUGCGACAAGGAGUUGGUGACCAUGGAGUUGGGCGAGCUGCUUUACAACAAGUCCGAGUACAUCGAGACGGCAUCUGGAAACAAAGUUAGUCGCCAGUCCGUAUUGUGUGGAAGUCAGAACAUCGUUCUUAAUGGCAAGACCAUUGUGAUGAAUGACUGUAUUAUCCGAGGGGAUCUAGCAAAUGUAAGAGUUGGACGUCAUUGUGUUGUGAAAAGUCGGAGUGUCAUAAGGCCACCGUUCAAGAAAUUCAGCAAAGGCGUUGCAUUCUUUCCUUUACAUAUCGGGGACCAUGUCUUUAUUGAGGAAGAUUGUGUGGUCAACGCAGCUCAGAUUGGCUCUUACGUUCACGUUGGCAAGAACUGUGUGAUUGGGCGCCGAUGUGUGUUGAAAGAUUGCUGCAAAAUUCUUGACAACACAGUAUUACCCCCAGAAACUGUGGUGCCACCAUUCACCGUCUUCUCAGGCUGCCCAGGACUGUUUUCAGGGGAGCUCCCAGAAUGUACCCAGGAGCUGAUGAUUGACGUCACCAAGAGCUACUACCAGAAGUUUUUGCCCUUGACACAGGUCUAAUGUCUCUGCCUCGUGUCUCAAAUUUGCUUGAGCUCUAAGAUGAACUUGGGGACAAAGUGAGCCAGCCAGCAUCUACAAAGAGCUCUUGUGUCUUUGAUACCUUCCACCCUCUUUUUUUGUUUGUCUGGUUUUGUUUAAUUCUUUAGAAUUUCUCAGUCCUUCCAGGUUCUAAGCUAAGACUUUAAUAACAGAAUGUCUGGAGGAGUUGUGUCCAAAUGCUGUGCUUAAACCUUAUCUAUUAAUGGCCCCUUCAUACCAUUAUCUGUGGAACACAGAAUCAUCUGUUCCCAAUACGCCCACUCCUUGGUCCUGUGGAUGACGGGAUCCUGCCGAAACAGGCCUGCAGAGCAGAGCACUGUCCCAGCGUGGAGGUUUGAAGCUGAUCUACUGCUCAUGGCCAUUAGCUGCCCACAAUGAACACUGCUCACAUGGGUCACUCCCAGCUUUCCUGAGCUAACACAUUUGGCCAGUUGCCACAAUUGUUCAUGGUCUUGGGGGAGAAAGUGUUUGUGACUUUUCAGAGCCCAGAUUCCUGUUGGCUACGAAAACUUGAAAGGAGGGGUGGUUAGCAUUUCUCUUCUUCCCGAAAUGACUUUAAGUGUUAUUUUAACCCAGGGUGAUUGAUAAAAGACUUUCUAGCAUUCUAUUCUAGGGCCUUUGGCUUUCACUGGAAGGGGGGCCCUCAGCACCCAGAUUUUAUUUUUGCAAAGACCCAGGUAUGAGUCUGCCAUGUAGAUGGACUAGUCUGGCAGUCACUCCUUGCCUCACAGUAUUUAGAGGCAACAGCAUAUGCCUUAUUUCCUUGAAGACAUAGCAUUUGUGACACUUGUCCUCUUGGCCUAGAGCCAUUCAUCCACUCUGUAUUUGCCAUAAACUUCACAUUUCAGACCAAAAUAUCUCUACCUGGACCCAAUCACAUACAUACACGGGGGCCUCUGAAAUCAUUCUGUGGGCACAGAGCCCCAAGGGGUAAAUGAAGUUACCAGUGCUGUUUUUAACCAUCUCCUGGGUAAUAACACAACCCUGACUGGUUCUGCUCUGACCUCUUGGUCUAAAAGAUUUAGAAGGGAGGGUCUCUGAGAACCGUGGCUUUGCUUAAUGCUCUGAUUCUGCUGUGAACAGGGAAAGAUGGUUCAGCCCUGAAGGUUAGGAUCUAGCAGGAGCUGGACAGACUUAAUAUGUGGUUGUGGGGUUUGUUAAAAUGGCUAUAUGUGAGGAUCUCCUCCAGGUCAAUGUAAAACUGUUUUCCAGUUUGUCUUUUUUUUUUUUUUUAAUGCAUUAAAAGAUUGACACGUGAAACAAAUCACUUGAAGGUGAUCCCUCUCCCCCUCUGUGACGGCUGCCUCACUCCCUCGGCCACUUCCCUGCAUGCCUGGUGCCCUGCUACAGACUUUACAUUGACUAGUCUGCUUAUGGCUCACACCAACCCAGUAAGGGGGAUGUUAUUCCUAUUUUACAGAUGAGAAAAAACUCAAAGAUCUUAGAUAAUUUGGUCCAGUCCCUACAGUGACAAAGUGACUGACCCAGGAGUCACACCCAUGUCUGUCUGGCAGCAUAGCCGUGCAGUUCAGCUCUGCCCUGGUCAGAUGAGACUAGGUUUACCCUUGGAGCACAUCUGCUAUGUGCCCUGUCUGAUACCAGUAGUCUGUGAUGAUUGCAGGGUUUUUGUUUUGUUUUGUUUUGUUUUGUUUUGUUUAAUUUUUGGUCAUUUCCUGGCAUCUCCCCCAGCUCCCUUCUCCUUUUGUGCCACCAUAAAGGCAAAUCUUGGAAUUGACAGAGCUUUGAUGUUGUCUAAGCUAAUCUCUCGUUAGCUAGUGAGAUCUUCCAGGGCACGUCUAAUAGGUUACCAUCCGGCCUGUGUUUGAAUACCUCUAAAAGGAAGCUAGCUGACUGCCAUGCAACUGACUGUCCAUUUUCUUUUUCAUUUUAUCCUUUCCAGCUUCACUGAGAUGUAAUUGACAUAUCAUUUUUUUCACUGCCCAUUUUGUUGUGAACAAUGAAAACUAAGAGGAAGUGGGAUUGUUUAAAGCCUCUUAAACAUUUUAAAAGCCUUAAGUAACUCAAGUACAUGAUUGCAAAAAUCCAAUCCAGUUAGUAAAGAGGGGACAUGCAGUGAAGUAGAAUUUCCCAAUCCAGAAUCCCAGUUCCACGUUCUACUUUCCAGAGGCAGUUACUCUGAACAGUUUUGGGUCUAUCCUACCAGAGACAGUCUGCAUGCACAAGCAGAUAGAUAUGUAUACCUUAGCCUCUGUAUGCAUACAAAUGUGAGCACAUGGUAGAUGUGCUCUUCCCAUCUUGCUGCUUUUACUUAACAGUAUGCCUUAGAGAUUGUUCCAUAUUUGGCACAUACAGGUGACAAAAAUAGCAAUCACUAAUACUUAUAGUGUGUUUACCAUGUACCUGGUACUCUUCUGAGUUCUGUACAUUUAUUAACUUUUUAAUACAACCACCUUGAGGUAGGUACAGUUACUCUCCUCAAGAAACAGGUUAAGUAAAGUACCCAGUAUGACAGUGAGUCAAAGCAUUCUGGUUCUAGAGCUCAUACUUUUAAAGGUUUUAUUUUAUUUUAGAAAGAGAGCACAAGUGGGGGAAGGGGCAGAGGGAGAGGAAGAAGCAGACUCCCCGCUGAGCAGGGAGCCUGACUGGAGGCUUGGUCCCAAUCCCAGGACCCCAGGAUCAUGACCUGACCCGAGGGCAGACACUUAACUGACUGAGCCACCUGGGCACCCCUGCGGCCCAUACUUUUAAUCACUAUGCUGGAAUUCCUCCUGCUAUAAUACCUUUCAUUGCCGCAAAUUGUAUCAUCUGGCCAACCCUCUCUGUACAGAAAACUGAGAAAGUAUUUUCCUUUUUCAGGCAGCUAAGGGAAAGGGAGUUGGGAGCGGUUAUUGGAUGAAUCAUCCAACAGUGUCUGCCACAGACAGGAAGCCCAGUGUCCCCUCUGAGAAGACUAUCUCCUUGCAAUGUGCCCUGUUGUCUCGUAGCUGCAGUUGUGGUUUAAGAAGCUAAACAGGAGCAGGUUUCAUGGGAGAAUUGUGUUGCUUGCAGUCAAGAAAUAGUGUCUUAAAAUUCCAUACCAUAUGGUUGACACUCUAUAGAGGAAUCUGCAAGCUGGAUUAGACAAAAAUCCAGUCAAACUGCUUUGUUGCAAGUGACAGAAAUCCAGGUUGAGCCAGUUUAAGUAAGAAAGGGGUUUUAUUGGCUUACACAACAAAUCAUGGAAAAGACUAGCUUGAGAGGCAAUGUAAUGUUGCCUUGGGCAAGUUACUUAAUCUCUCUGCCCUGUAUCCUAAACUGUACAAUGGGAACAACAACAGUGCCCCCGCAGAAUUGGUUCAGAGUAAAUGAGCUACUAUAUGUAAACAUUAAAGAUAGCUCCUACCACUCUGUAAGUAAUAAUGUUAUCAUUGCAGGGACAACUAUAUCCAGAGCUCUUUGUUUUUGAUAUCUUUUUUAAGAUUUUAUUUAUUUAUUUAUUACUAUUUUUAAAGAUUUUAUUUAUUUAUUUGACAGAGAGAGCACAAACAGGGCGAGUGGCAGGCAGAGGAGAGGGAG